CUAGGAAGAGAUCGCGGUUGCUCGCUCUCCCGCUGCAACACAUCCACUAGUAUCUGUGAUAACCUCGCGCUCGUCUCCUAUUGACGGACAGCAGCAAGCGCGCCUCCUCCGAGCGGUGUGAUUGGCUGUGCUAGUGGGCGUGUGUGUUCGUUUCCUUGUUGCGAGGUGGCGGCGGUUGUCCUUGGCUGGGAGGUAGCGGCUGUCCAAAGUCCAAAGGGGAGAAGCGGGACGCUUACAGGUACAAUAUGCUCGAAGUUUAGUCGAUUCCUGUCCGUGAUUGUCGUCGGCCGCGUUGUUCGUGUCUCAUGUUAAGCCUUGCUUAUUCAAGGAAUUGCAUCGAGUGCUACGACUGUAACUUCGCGAAAUGCCUACACGGGAUGAACAGCAACCGGAUGGUAGUGACGCAGCGGGGGGUGCUGCCCCCAGCCAAGUACAACUAUGCUGACUCUGCAUGGUUCAAGUACAUACUCUCCUGCACAGCCGCUACCACCGCCGAACUAGUCACGUAUCCCUUGGACCUGGCCAAGACGCGUCUACAAAUUCAAGGAGAAACAGAACUCAAUUCCAAGGGCAGCAGGAUGCUGCCAUACCGGGGCCUGGUGGGCACCGCAGUGGGCAUCGUGAGGGAGGAGGGCUUCUUGAAGCUCUGGCAGGGCAUGACUCCGGCUGUUUACAGACACCUGGUAUACUCCGGGACGCGCAUGGUGCUGUACGAGAAGCUGCGCGACAACCUCUUCUCUGUCAGGGAGGACGGCUCCCACCCUGUCUGGCAGAGCAUCAUGGGCGGUAUCGUGGUAGGAGGGGCGGCACAGCUGCUGGCGUCCCCCGCUGACCUGAUCAAAGUGCAGCUCCAGAUGGAGGGACGGAGGAGGCUCGAGGGCAAGCCGCCCAGGGUCACCAACGUGUCGGAAGCGUUUGUGAAGAUCUACACGUCAGGAGGCGUGCGCGGCCUCUGGAAGGGCUGCAUGCCCAACGUGUACAGGUCAGCGCUAGUUAACCUGGGUGACCUGACGACGUACGACUCCGUUAAAAGGUUCUUCAUCAAGAGAGGCUUCACAGACGACUACUGGACGCACGCUCUGUCCAGCUACUUGGCGGGCCUCGUGGCCGCCGUCCUCGGCACGCCCGCUGACGUCGUCAAGACCAGGGUCAUGAACCAGCCCGUUGAUGAGAGGCAGAGAGGUCUGCUGUACAAGAGUUCGAUGGACUGCCUCCUGAAGACUGUGCACAACGAAGGCUUCUGGGCGCUGUACAAAGGCUUCCUGCCGUGCUGGAUGCGCAUGGGUCCGUGGUCGCUCACAUUCUGGCUAACAUACGAACAAAUACGCAGCAAGUGUGGCACUUCUGCUUUCUAGAGCUACUAGUUUUUUCUUAUUGUCUAUUUCCUCGCUAGAAAUAUGAUGCAAAACAUUUUUCAUUGAAAUUUUUUUUGGUUUUUAAAUCUUAAAAAAAGUUUUUUUUCUAUUCUUAUUCAGAAUUAUUGUUUCGUACCUAACACCUAUAACAGAUUUCAGAAGUUGUUUGUUGCUGGUAAUUUGUUUUUGGUGUUGAAUGUUCCAAUUGAUGAAUGUCAGAAAUUAAAAUAGAAAAAAGUAAUAUUUUUAGAGGGGAUCGUCUCGUAAUGAGAUGCUAAAUUCUAUCGCUUCGAGCUUUAAUUAUUACUUCUGCUAUCGAUAUAGUGAAUUCUUCUGGGUAUAUGAAGCUAGCGUAUUUUAAAUAUCCGAAAAGAUGCGGUGAAGCGUAAAUUCAAAUUAGAUAAUAUAUAUUGUUUUGGUCUUCACUAUUAAUGAUGUCUUGGUGUCGACAGUUUGUUGUAAUUUAAUCUCUAAAAAUUAUGAAAGAUUUUCUGCGUGCUAAUUUUGAGUGGGAAAUUUGAUGUCAAUUCAAAUUUCUAAAUUUACUAAUUCUCAAAAUUUAAAUGAGUGACAUGGGAAUUUUUUAUAAAUAUAUCUUAUAUUUUACUUCGUAUUCUAGCAUUGAAAGUUAUAGUCAUGAGUCAGGGACUUUAGUGAGAAUUCAAACAACGGUAUUCCUGAAAUUUGAGAGGAAAUACAGGAACAUGUUAGUCAACUUUUGCCUGUAACUCACUACCUACCUACUGCGAUGUUCCAGGAAUAAUUAAUAGUAGUGAGAAUCCGUAGUCAGUACCUGGGUAGGGAAUAUUUUUAAGUGUAAUUAUAAUUCCGGUGAAGUUUCUUCGUUUUAGAAGGAAUGUACCGAGUUGCGCCAAGCGUGUGCCAGCUUUUUGUACAUACCUACAUGAGAGUAAACUUGAAUGUAUUUUCCGUGGGGACUUAGGUUGUUCACUAGUGAUGCUGUACGUGGAACCAUAUUAUUUUGUUACUCGACGUGUAAUUUUACUGCAGUUGCUCUAGAAAUGUUGACACCUGACUACAAUUACUCUAGAAAUGUUGACACGUGACUACAGCUGCUCAAGAAAGGUUGACACCGUCUUACAGCUGCUAUAGAAAUGUUGACACCGUCUUACAGCUGCUAUGAAAUGUUGACACCUGACUACAAUUGCUCUACAAAUGUUGACAAUUCACUGCCGUUUCGUUGCACGAGAAGUGUUUCCUUUUUUCUGCGCAAAACUACACAAUUUGUUCGAUUAUACAAAUUCUAUGCUCAAUGUGAAUUGUAUUUAUAAUUCAGUGUGGCGACUAAAUAGAUACGAAUGCAGGGAUGAGAAAUUUUCCGUGGUUUGUCGCUGACGUGCAAUUUGUUUUAAUAUUGCUUCCACUAUCAACAUUUUGCCUCGUCAUUCUGCUGUUUGCUGGAAUUUUUUUUGCUAAGCUUUGACUCUUUCUUGAUUGCUGGCUGUAAUUUUGUGCUAUGCUUGAAUUUUUAAUCAAUGAAUGUUAAAAGGAUCAAAAAAUGAAUUUUUAACGUUUGAUCUAUCAUCAGGUUAUGGAGUCUAAAUAAAAAAUGGGGCCUGUCAUAUAUUAUUUUAUUUCUGCAUACGUCGUCAUUUUGAGGCUGCUGGGCAAUGAAUGAUAGAUCGCUGAUCUCUCCAAAAUAUUGACUUGUAUCAUUAGUCUGCUUAAAAGUCAAGUUCACCGAGAAUUGAAAUUCCUGAAAAUGCCAAGUAGGAUAUGAUGGAUUUACUUGGCGAUUUCUUUGUAUUUAAACUCAUGGGUAAAUAUUGACCUGUAGUUUGAUGGGGAAAUUGUAGUCAUUGGGUGAGAAUCUCUGUUCCAAGUGCUUGUAACUCAUGCCGGCUUAUUGUUAUAUAUUAUAUUAACACAGCAAUAUAUGUAUGAGGCUUAUCAGCCUCGUACAUAUAUUGUUCUACAUACAUCUUGUUUUACUAUCAGGUGGACCUGAUACCAAUUGAAGAUCCUUCUUUUUCGUCUUGUUGCUUUAAAAUGCCAGUAUCGCAUCAUGAUGACAAUACUCGUUGAUCCAUUCGUGUACUUGAAAACAACACGAUCUAGUUUGGAUGUUCGUUAGAUUCAGUGUAGAUUUUGAAAAUUUUCGGGUCGCAUUGCGCUUUGAUUGACGAUAGCUUUCUUCUAGCUCGCUUUUAUGUAUAUGAAACCCUUUGGUGUUAGGACGAGUGUAGCGAAGCUGAAGCGCUAGUAAACAUUUGGCCACUAAACUAACUAACUACCUCAGUCUUCCUCGCUGCGCUGAUACCUACAAUCUAGACGACCACACUAUUUUUGUAAUGCGAAAUGCUCUCGUAAUUGUGAUUUUCAUGGCCAACUCGGAAGUGAACUAUAUUGAGCUCCUCCUUGAAAUUUAGGAGGUCGUUUCUCCUCGACAAUUUAAACUAUAAAUGCAUCGGAUAGCAAAUUGAAAUGACAUCACAUGAGCGGCCAAACUGAAUGGCCAAAGCAAUUUUGCAAUUUACUGACAUACCUCACUGUUGAACGCAUGAAAGUUCGUAACCGCAACACGCACCGAGGUGUGUCGGAAUGGCAUUGAUCAUAAUUGUUUUUUUGUGUGUGUGUGUUCCGGAAUCAUGAUUUAGUCGCCAUAGAGACAUUAAUUAAUUUAAUGGAGAUCUUAACUGACCGUUUGUGUGUAGUUGGUCAAGAAACUGAUGCUGGUCUAUCAGCAACGAAUAUGUAAACUCUUAAGUAACUAAACAAUAACUAUUGAAAGGUUCAUAACAAAAAUGCAUUCCUAAUUCAACAGGGUGAGAUUUCGUGGGCAAUUGACGAUGUUGACUAAAGAACAUUUAUCACGAGUUGUGAUAAUAUACAUAAUCAUUGUUGUUUGUUGAUGACAAUUAUGUUUCACAGUUGAUACCCUGCACUGUGACUGCUUGUAACUAUUAGCAUAUAUCUGUGCAUUUACGCGGUAUUAAGCUGCGAUUCAUCAUAAUUAGUUAUGUUUUAUGGUGUAUGUUAUUUCCUAAUAUAUAGACAAUGCAAUUUCAGUUUACAAGAAGUCAUUAAUAAUAAGAUUAAUUUACACGUAUUAUAAUGUUCUUGCUCAUAAUUAAUUAGUUAUAAUGAAACGCUGAUAUAAUUGAAGCAUGUAGAUUUAUAAAAUUAACUAAAUGUAUGAGUAAUCCUCCACCGAUUUUAAUAUAAAUUUUGAAACUCAAUUUUAAAAGAAGAUUUUUAUAAUUGUACAAUUGUAUUUUCUUGGUCCGUCAAAUGCAUAUGGGAAUUUUUUUAGCUAUUAUAAAACUGUAAUCUAUCCAUACCACAAAUCAACAAGUGACAUUGAUAACUAGUGCUAUAAUUGCUAUUGCCUUGCCGGGAAAUAAUGAUAGAUAUUGCUGAUGUAUAAAUACAAUUGAGAGAGUUGUCGUGAUGACCAAUUAUGAACUUGAUGUACAACAAAUGCAUUAACAACUUA